AUGGGGGGCGCUGCGCUGGCGGACGAGGAGGAGGAGGAGGGGGGCAAGAAGAAGGGCGCGGCCGGUGCCGCCGGCGCGGAGGGCGGGAAGGAGGGGGCCGAGAAAGGCGCCCGGCGGCCGGGCGCGAUGACGGACGACCGGCGGCGGGAGCAGAAGCUGGACGGGCAGCUGGGGAAGAUCAAGCAGCUGUUUGAGGAGAAGGGGUUCGGCAACCAGGCGGCGUUCAAGAAGCCGGACAGGCUGGAGGCACACCGCACGGUGUGCUGCGCGGCGGCAGUGGCGCAGGCACCGGCGAGUGAGGCAGCGGGCGCGGCAGCCGAGGUCGAGUACGAGACGGUCAUUGGCAUUGAGACCCACGUGCAGCUGCAGACGCGCACCAAGGCGUUCUGCUCCUGCCCCAACCAGUAUGGCGGCGAGCCCAACGCCCACGUCUGCCCCGUGUGCAUGGGCCACCCGGUGGGUCGCUCGCUGCCGCCACUACUGCCUCACCAGCAGCGGGAGCAGCGCCAGCAGCAGCCGCGCGGAGCGGCAGCAGGAGCGGCAGCAGGAGCGGCAGCAGCAGCACCAGCCGGGGGGAGCGGGAGCGUCGCCAGCGGUGGCACCCUGCCCGUCCUCAACGCUGAGGCCGUGAAGCUGGCCAUCAAGGCGGGCCUGGCGCUCAACUGCCAGAUCGCGCGGCGGUCAAAGUUUGACCGGAAGCAGUACUUCUACGCGGACCUGCCCAAGGGCUACCAGAUCAGCCAGUACGACCUGCCAAUCUGCAGUGGCGGCCACCUGGCGGUGGACACCCCCGAUGGCCCCAAGCGCUUUGGCAUCACGCGGGCCCACCUGGAGGAGGACGCGGGGAAGAGCGUCCACGGGGGGGCGGACAGCCUGGCGGGGUCCAGCCACACCCUGGUCGACUUCAACAGGGCGGGUGAGGCGGGGACUCCCUUCUUCAUCUUCAUCUCAUAA